AGCCUAGCUUUCUUUCCUCACCAUAAUACACUUCAUUUCUAUUGUGUGUCCCUCAACACAUAUUGAUCAGAUUAUUGAGAGUCUGUUUCAAAGACCGGAUGAAUGAAGACUUGGCGGCAAUGCCAAUCUAAGUAGAGGGAGAUUCGGUUCCACCUUGACUGGAGAGCAUCCACUUCCACGCAGUACCUGUGCGUAAUACAGAAAAUGAUUAUCAGGCGAUACGUCCCCCGCAGUUAUGAAUUCCGCUCCCGCCAAUGGCUGCUGAUUUUGCACCUCGGUCUAUUGGCCGCAUCUUGUCAUGCCCGCAAUGCUUGAGCAACGUAUAACGGAGGCAAUGGAGCUGGCCAACAGCCUGUGCGUUUCUUUGUUUUCCCGCUCUCCUCGUCAGUUUGAAGUCGGGGCCUGAUCUUUUUUCAACUUGAGAGACCCGGCCAAUCAAGUCUGGCCUCGUCAAAUCGAAAUCAUGACGAUCCAGAACUCUUUCGUGGAGAUGGUGCCCUCCUCCCGCGAGGCCGUGGGCGCCGUCUUGACGGCCCGGAACGCGCUCUUGCUCGUCGGCGUCUGGGUGGCGUAUCAGUUGCUCCGGGCGGCGUGGAACAUCUCGCCUCUCCACCCCUUGAGCCGCAUCCCAGGGCCGAAGCUGGCGGCGGCGACGUACUUGCCUGAAUUCUACUAUGACUGCAUCAAGUUUGGUUGUUAUACCAAACAGAUCCAGAAGAUGCAUGAAGUGUAUGGCCCCAUCGUUCGCAUCAGUCCUCAUGAGGUGCACUGCAUCGAUGCCAAGUUCAUCGAUGAGAUCUUCGCCGUCGGCGGCCGGAAGCGGGAUAAGCCGCCUCAUCAGGUCAGCGGCUCGACCAUAGAGCUUUCGGGCUUCGCAACCUCUGACCACGACGCGCACCGCGUCCGCCGCGUGCCGCUCGCCAAGUUCUUCUCCAGGGCUCAGAUUGCGCGGCUAGAGCCUGAAAUCCAGAAUCUGGUCCAGCGGAUGUGCAACAAGUUGCUUGCCGAGUCUGGCAGGAUGCAGCCCAUCGACAUCACCAUGGCAUACAGUUGCUUCACCUCGGACGCCAUCUCCGACUACUGCUUCGGAAGUAGUUUCGGUUUCCUUGCGCAGAAGUCGUGGGAGCCCAACUUCCGUGCACCGCUGUACUCGUCUCUGCAGACCACCUUCUUGUUUCGCUUCUUCCCGCAUCUCAAGCACUUAACUCUCGCGGCCGACUUCUUUAUCAACUAUUUGCCUGAGGAUGUGGCACUGCUCCUAACGACGAUUAACACCACGGUACCCAACCAGAUCAAGAAGACCAAGGCCGACAUCGAUGCCGGAAUCCUGGAAGAACGUGAAACCGUCUUUGGCUCCUUGCUCAACUCCGACCUACCUCCAGAGGAAAAGUCGCUCAAGCGGCUUGCAGACGAAGCCAUGGCGGUGCUCGGCGCCGGUACCGAAACCACCAGCUGGGCACUUUCAGUAAUGACCUUCCACCUGUUGACCCAGCCCAAGUUGCUCGCGCGCCUGACACAGGAGCUGCGCGAAGUCAUUGAUGACCCGACGAGUUUGCCGGCUUGGCCGACGCUCGAGAAGCUGCCUUACCUGGGCGCCGUCAUCCAGGAGGGCCUGCGCCUGUCGUACGGCGUUUCAGCCCGCAGCGCUCGCAUCCCUACCGAGGAGAACCUGUUGUACCGCGGCGAGUGGACGCCCAAGGGUCGUUCGGCGCCUGUCGACGUCGCUUAUGUAAUUCCUCGAGGUUAUGCCAUCGGCAUGUCGGCCGUCCUCGUGCACCACGACGAGCAGAUCUUCCCGCACUCACACUCUUUUAUUCCAGAGCGAUGGCUUGACGAGAACAUGGAACGAAAUAGGGAGCUGGAGAAAACCAUGCUCACCUUUUCGAAAGGCGGUAGGAUGUGCCUAGGCAUGAACUUGGCUCUCUGCGAAAUCCACCUCGCGCUAGCGGCGCUCACGCUACGGGUCUUCCCGCAUAUGCGCUUGUUCGAGACCGACCUGGAGGAUGUGGCAUAUGAUCACGAUAUGUUCAUACCCUUGACGAAGGAUGGAAGUAAGGGCGUGAGGGUUACAAUUGUGUAGCUGGAGAGCGUUGGCGGUUCUGGGAACGCAUCAGUUCGCUGUCGUGUCGUUCAGCAGCAUAGACCCCGAAGCCCGCGAGGUGUGCUAAAAGACCACUUCAAUAAUUUAACACUGAGCCGCUCGUCCCUGAAUAGUUGU